AUGAGGCCUUUGUUUUACCGGCUGGACCUAAAACUUAAACCUGUGCACCGCAAAGUUCUUGUGCGGGACUGUAGGGAACAUCGGAAACAGUCAUUUUACAUGGCACUGGCUACACUGGACUGGAGUGACGUCUUCAACGCGGUAGACAUAAACAAGGCGGUCGACGUGCUUGAGGAAAAGAUUCUUGCAGUGAUGGAUAAGUGCCUGCCGCAAAAAUCCGUACGCAUUUCAUCGCGUGACCCAGUUUGGAUGUCCCCAUUAGCCAAGUGUAUGCUGAGGACUAAGUCCCGUAUAAAAUGGAACAACAAGGAACGCCUGUCUUUAUUUAACAAGCGCAUUUCUGAGGUGAUAACCGAGAACAAAAGAAAACCGGCUGUCAUUGGUAGCGGUGAUUGGUGGAAAGGCGUGGACGCCCUAUCGCAGCGUCGCAGGUCGUCUUCGAUAAAUUUGGACAACUCUCUCGUUCGUCUGAACGAUUACUUCGCCAACCUGUGUUAUGAUGACAGCUACGUCAGACCUAUUAAUAUGGAUAUCCCGGACAGUGUAAAGCUCCCGGAAAUAUCUGAGCGGUGUGUGUGGAACACUUUAGUUCAUGUAAAGAAAACGGCAACAGGACCAGAUAACCUCCCGUUUUUGAUCUGGAAAGAUUUUGCUGAGCUAGUCCCACCUGUCGUUACUCACGUUUGGAAUUUGGAAGAGGGCAAAUGUUAA